GCGUCAGUAUCGUGCCAUCAAUCCGGCGGACCGGCGCCUGGUGGACGCCUGCGGUGGUUAUCGUGAUUACCGUUGACGUAUCUGGGAGCUGUCGCUGAUGGGUCUCCUGAGCGUGCUGGCCGAGCACCCGGCGCUGUCGGCUGCCGCCGGCUUCUUCAUCUGCUUUGAGGGGCAUUAUCUGUGGAGACUGCUGGCCCGUACCGUCGCCGACCGCUUCCUGUUGCGCCGCAUUUCGCCUCUCGAAACCAUCCGCAACUACAGCGUGUGCACCACCACCGACCUGGACGCCUUCCUGCACAUGAACAACGCCCGGUACGCUCGCGAGAUGGACUUCGGCCGUUGGGGCUACUACGUCCGCACCGGGCUCUACCGGCACUGGCGUGGCACAGACGUGCGCAUCCUGCAGGCGUCAAUGAUCAUCCGCUUCCGCAAAGAGGUGUCGCUGCUAAUGCCGUUCGUGGUGGAGACGCGCCUGGUCUACUGGGACGAGGCGAGCUUCUACUUCGAGCAGAAACUGGUCACUUUGCAUGACGGCCGCGCCCGGUGCGUCAGCCUGUCCCAGCAGCGCGUGCUCGGCUCCCUGACGCCCGUCCGCCUGAUGGCGCUGGGGUUCGACCGCGAGGUGGCACCGUCGCCGCCCUCCGACAGCCUGCGCGCCUUCAUCGACGCCAACGCCGCCUCGCAGCGCGACUUGGCCGUGAUGGAGAAGCGCGUGUGACGCACAUCAUCCGCCGCAGGCGGCAGGCCGCUGCAACGAGCCAGCUGUGCUGGAGCCACCGCGUCUGCCGGCUGGCUGUGCUGUGGUGCUGUCUCAUUGCUGUUGCUAGUUACAUCCCAGUAAACAGCAGGUUACGUUCCAGGACGCUCGCGCACGGGCUAUUGGAAUGAUGAUUUAGAUAUUUUGAACGUAUAUGCUUGGGCAGAAGCUAGGCAGAUAUAGGUAUUUUACCCCUUGGUCAUAUGUUCUGUUGUCACUGGACGUGCAUGCUAAACUGCUUUCCGCACAUAAUGUGGGGUCCACUCAUGAUGUUGGCCACUCCGGCCGUGUGCGGUACGCGGAUGUUGAGUCCACUAGCUGAUGGGUCUGUCGGUGCUGACGGGUCUGCGCGGGGUCGAAAGUCUAGUCAGCCGCACGGCGCGCGGCCACGUCUUCCGUCCGGCCAGUGGCGGCGCCCGUUAACCCGGUGAUGUCGGGGCGGGUUCCACGUGGAGUGUGUUGAGUAUAGUUCACGUGACACUGCUCGGCCGCGGGCUGUGGGAAUGUGGGCGUCUGGUGUGCGGGUGUGUGCGUGCCAGCCAGGCCCCGGGUUACGGUGAAGGGGAACCGAUCGCUGUAGGCCACGUUAAACGUGCUGAAUGCCUGGCUCGUAGUCAAAGCUUGCACCGAACGGAUUUUGCGCGUGCUAUUGUCUGCUCACCAUCAGUUGGCGCUCGGUAGCUGGUGACGGUUUAGGUUUUUUAGCUGUGUAAUACAUGACGCAAA